UCGGCCGUCGCAGUCCACCGAACCCCGAAGCACUCCACUCGUCCAUUGUUGCAAUCAGUUGCUUGAAUUCGUGAUACCAUCUCCAUGUCUGCAAACCAAGCCCAGCACGAUCCCGAAUCCGAACCUGCUAGUGAAACCACCACUCUUCUCCCCACCGAUCACCAUUCUCUCGAUCCAGAAAACACCCCCAAAAUGAGCAGCUCCCUCUUCUGGAGAGUCGGUGCCAUCUACGGCGCCGCCGCCGUCGGUCUUGGCGCCUUUGGUGCUCACGGGCUCAAGAAGCGCAUUUCUGAUCCCAACAAGAUUGCCAGUUGGUCGACGGCUGCUCACUACCAGCUGGUCCACUCGGCCGUCAUCCUCGUCGCGAGUCAUCACCCCGUCGCUUCCGCCCUCUUCACCGCAGGCAUGACCAUGUUCAGCGGCAGCAUCUAUGCUUUGACCCUCGAUACCGAGCGCUUCAGGUUCUUGGGUCCUGUGACACCAGUCGGAGGUCUGUUUCUGAUUGCGGGCUGGUUGGCGCUGGCUUUUGCGUCCAAGGGGAGUGCCGUCGCUAGGUUCCCUCGUUUCUAGAGGUACCUAUCUACCUCAAUUGUGGAUGGGCAAAAAUGAUGGAUGAGACUCCGCUCAAAAAGCACUAGGAGCAUGAGGACCAGCAAAGGUCCGUGUAACAUCAAAUGUACCUAUUUUUCUUGAGAGCAAUACCCAACUCGAUAUUCAUGGUUAA